AUGGCCGACCGAAAGCGAAACGAAGAGAUUCGCAAUAUGGCAGGUUUGAAAGAUGACCUUAUCACGAAAAUUGAUAAGGGCGUGCUUCGGUGGUUUGGGCACGUUGAGCGAAUGAGUGAAGACCGAAUGGUGAAGAAAAUAUAUAGCACGAAAGUUAAUAUUAAAAGGUGUCGAGGUAGACCGAGACUAACUUUCGGAGACCAUGUGAGCAAAUUGCUCGAAGAGGGUAGGGUCAAGAGUACUCGGAUACCUAGACGUGCAUGUAUGAAGAAGAUAAUGAAUCUGAAAGAAGCGAAAGAGUCCUUUCAACCGGAGUGCCAGAACCACUCGCACCCCGCCUCCAUCAACCCCACCCACUGUCAUGCUGUGACACCCACCUCAAGCGAACCAAUCAAAACAAUUCCAACUCCUGAGUUGCAGCAGUGGAUGACAAGCAUUGACCUGUGCCUUAACGAGGUGUGCUCCAUCGCUACAGAAGGAAAACUAAACUCGGAUCAAAAAAUGCGCAUCAGCUCGCUUUGUCGAAAAGUAGGCCAAAGUACAUCACAAUUGGUACUCCAGUACAUGUCCCUCAAAAUGGAUGCCACUAAAGCCCAGACAUCCAUCGUUUCUCUACAGAACCAACUUGACCUGUCCCAAAAGCUGCAGGAACUCAAGAAUAGUAUCGAAGAGUCAUCAAAACCGGACUCUGGAACCUCUUUUGCGGACAUGGUCAAAAAAGGUGGCCAAACCCUCAUUCGCCCAAACAAUCUUAGUACCCUAGCAAUUUAUCCGAGGGACAAGUCCAAAUCCAGUGAUGACACGAAGUGCCUCUUACAAAAAAUAAUAUCCCCAGAAGAACUCAAACUACAUGUCCGGGGCAUGAGGAAGGUCAAAAAUGGGGGAGUUAUAAUUAGCGCUGAGACAAAAGGGGAUAUCGACAAAUUAAAGAACUCCGAGAAGCUUGUAUCUUCUGGCCUUACCAUGGAAGAGCCGACUAAACGACGUCCGAGGAUUGCAAUUGUUGGUGUCCCUUUAGCCCUCACGGAUAAAGAAGUGUUCGAGUGUAUCUUCGAACAAAAUAUUGCCGAUAAAUUUCCCAAAGCCACGCGUGAUUCUUUCCUGGCAACAGUCAAACUGAGCCAUAAAUCAGGUAAGAAAAACCUUCCUACAUGUAAUUACAUUAUCGAAGUGCCACCUAGCAUCAGGAAGGCCCUUAUCAAUCAAGGACGAAUAUAUAUUAAUUGGACCUCAUGCCCCGUCAGAGACUUUACAAUAGUAACAAGAUGCUUCAACUGCCAGCAGUUUGGUCACUCAGCCAAAUUUUGUCGUGAAAGUUGCCCUACAUGUAACUACUGUGGAGAGCUUGGGCAUUCCUUUAAAGAAUGUAAUAACAAAGCGCACGCCCCCGUUUGCGCGACGUGUAAACGUUUUAAAAGAAAAUGCGACCACAAAACUGGUGAUGAAAGCUGUCCAGCACGUAAAUUCGCAGAGGAGAAAUAUAUCAACUCCAUAGACUAUGAGGGCGCCUAA